UGGAUUGUUUGCCUGGCUGGCAAAAAGCACCCAAGGAUUCGGGAAGAUGAGCACGCUGCGAGGGCCGUGUGUCUGUCAGUUGGCGCUACGCUCCUUUUAAACUGGCGCCGAUCCCUCUGUCCCAGUCCCAGUCUCAGAAAGGGGUCACCCUCGGUCUGCCCCAGGACAGUCUCGAUCGGUCCCCGAUGCAACCCUGCUAGCCGCAUCGUAGUCAUUCAUUUGGAACACACAGCAGCAUCGGUUGUGAGAUGCAUCGUCUCUCGCUCCAGUCGCUCCUUGCCGUAUCGGCUCUGGUCUCGGGCAUCGCCGCCCAUGCGCGGAAUGGCAAUGGCACCCUGACCCUGAGCCAGCCUCCCAAGGUGGUCACCGUCGUGGUCAGCUCGACCAUCACGACCUGCCCCUCGCCGGUUCCGCCCCCGCCGUGCUCCGAGGUGACCGAGUCCGGGUCUCUGCCGGCUACCUUGACCGGACCUUCGACCAACACCGAGAGCUCGAGCCUUCCCGGCAGCUCCUCUAGUCCUAGUGGUCCGUGGGGGUCCGGCAGCUCGACGAGCACGGCCACACUCUCUAGCUCCACAACGUCGUCGACCACGAGCUUGUCCACCACCACCAGCCCGGCCACGAGCUUGUCUAGCAGCAGCUCCACCUCUACCUCUUCUUCCAGCACCUCGAGCACCUCAAGCUCUGCGAGCACCUCAUCCACCACCUCAUCCCCCACCUCUACCACGUCUCCCGCCACCACUUCCACCACUACCUCCACCAGCACCACCAGCACCACCAGCACCACCAGCACCACCAGCACCACCAGCACCACCAGCACUACCACCACCACCACCACCACCACCACCACCACCACCACCAGCAUCGCCGCCCCGGCCUGCACCGACUUCUGGUUCGAAAAGAUCAGCCAUCAGGGCGUGGCCCCCUUCGCAGAUGCGGGCUACAAGGUCUACCGCAACGUCAAGGACUACGGCGCCAAGGGCGAUGGCGUUACGGACGACACGGCGGCCAUCAACCUGGCCAUCAGCGACGGCAACCGCUGCGGCCCGGGCUGCACCGGGGGCAGCAAGACGCCGGCGCUCGUGUACUUCCCGCCGGGCACGUACAUGGUCUCGUCUCCCAUCAUCGACUACUACUACACGCAGCUGAUCGGCAACCCCGGCUGCUUGCCGGUGCUCAAGGCUACCGCCGACUUCAACGGCCGCUGGCUCCUCGACAGCAACCCGUACCAGCCGUCGGGCAGCCUCGCAUGGGGCGCCACCAACGUGUUCUGGCGCCAGGUGGCCAACUUCAUCAUCGACAUUACGGACGUGCCGGCGUCGACGCUGAUCUCGGGCAUCCACUGGCCCAGCUCGCAGGCGACGUCGCUGUCCAACAUCGUCUUCAACUCGUCGCAGGCUGCCGGCAACCAGCACCAGGGCCUGUUCAUCGAGGAGGGCUCCGGCGGCUACGUCGGCGAUCUGGUCUUCUUCGGCGGCGCGCAGGCCCUGUCGAUCGGCAACCAGCAGUUCACCUUCCGCAACAUCACCAUCAACAACGCCCAGACGGCCAUCCAGCAGCUGUGGGACUGGGGCUGGACCUACAAGGGCGUGACCAUCAACAACUGCGAGGUCGGCUUCGACUUCACGGCCACGUCGACGGACCAGUCGACGGGCCAGACGACCCUCUCGGUCGGCUCCGCCACCAUCAUCGACAGCACCAUCAAGAACACGCCGGUCGGCAUCGUCUUCGGCAACGCGAGCGCCACCGGCCCGGACGUACCCAACAACCUGAUCUUGGAGAACCUCGCGCUCGACAACGUGGCGACGGCCGUCCGCGGGCCCUCGGGCACCGUGCUCGCCGGCUCGUCCGGCACGACCGUGAUCGAAGCCUGGGGCCGCGGGCACAGCUACACGGCGACGACGGGCCCGACGACGUUCGAGGGCGCCAUCACGCCCAACGCGCGCCCGGCCUCGCUGCUCGGCGGCGGCAGCAGCACGACGGCCUUCUACCAGCGGUCGAAGCCGCAGUACGAGGACCUGCCGCUGAGCGAGUUCGUCAGCGCGCGCGCGGCGGGCGCCAAGGGCGACGGAGCGACGGACGACACGGACGCGCUCAACGCGCUCUUCGCCUCCGCCGCCGCCGCCAACAAGGUCGUCUUCCUCGACGCCGGCAUGUACCUGGUGAGCAAGACGGUGCGCAUCCCCGCCGGCUCGCGCAUCUUCGGCGAGGCGUUCCCCGUGAUCCUCUCGGCCGGCGAUUUCUUCGGCUCCGCCGCGCGCCCCCAGCCCGUCGUGCAGGUCGGCGCGCCCGGCGAGACGGGGCGCGUCGAGUGGUCCAACACGAUCCUGUCCACGCGCGGCGCGCAGCCGGGUGCCGUCCUGCUCGAGUACAACCUCGCGUCGCCGGCGUCGGCGCCGUCGGGCCUGUGGGACGUGCACGUGCGCAUCGGCGGCUUCGCCGGGUCCGAGCUGCAGCUGGCCGACUGCGCCAAGACGCCCAACACGACGGUGACCUCGCCGGACGACGUCCCCGCGCGCUGCGUGGCCGCGUUCCUCAGCGUGCACCUGACGCGGACGGCGGCGGGCGUGUACGUGGAGAACGCGUGGGUGUGGGUGGCGGACCACGAUAUCGAGGACGGCGCCAACAACGAGCAGAUCAGCGUGUACGCCGGGCGCGGGCUGCUGGUGGAGAGCGCGGCGGGCGGCGUGUGGCUGGUCGGCACCAGCGCCGAGCACCACCAGCUGUACCAGUACCAGUUCGCCGGCACGCGCGACGUGUUCGUGGGCCAGAUGCAGACCGAGACGGCGUACUACCAGCCGAACCCGGGGGCGGACCUGCCGUUCGCGGCGGACCCGGCGUACGGCGACCCGGUGUUUGCGGCCGGCGAUUCCGGCUGGGGCCUGCGCGUGGUCGACAGCGCGGACGUGCUGGUCUACGGCGCCGGCCUGUACAGCUUCUUCGACAACUACAACGUGCACUGCAGCGACGCCGGGAAGGGCGAGCACUGCCAGACGCGCAUCUUCAGCGUCGAGGGCGACAGCCGCGUGCGCGUGUACAACCUCAACACGGUCGGGACGACCAAGAUGGUGACGGUGGACGGGCAGGAUGUGGCCGGGUACGAGCAGAACAUUGAUGGGUUCGUGCAGAGCAUUGCGCUGUUUGCGACGGGGCAGUAAGGCUGGAGGCUCAUGUUCGGGGUAUGGGAUCGGCCUGGGGCAUUGGACGAGAGGAUGACACUCGCCGACGCCCUGGACCGGACCUGAUGAGACACGAAGCUUCUGUCCUGGAAUGCGUAAUGUGGCUGGGGUCGCCAGUUGG